AGGAGGAGGAGGAGGAGGACGAAGAGGGGGUCUGACUGGACAGUUUAUGAACACACACACACAGAGAGAGAGGGAGAGAGAGGGAGAUUUUGUUUACAUAGUAAUGCACAAGUCCUAAGCCAGACUCAAACGAGAAAGAACUUGUUUGGAAGGAUGGUGUCAUUCUUUCUCCAGGCUGAAAAGCAAAGGGGGAGGGUCUAAUAGCUGGAGAGGGGAAGAGAGAAAGAGAAGUUGCCAUUACUGACAACUCUUACUCAGCCCAGGAGCCAGAGAGGAGGAAGAAGAACAAAAGGAAAAGGGGGGAAGUAAAAGGGAGAUCCACAGUGCAGCUGUGCUAACAGGAUAAAUACAGAAAAUGGAGGACUCCAACAGCAACAAGCCAUUUAUGGUGACAUCCUCUCUGAACUUCAAAGUCACCACCCCUUCCUUCUACAACCAGCCAAAGAAGUUUGCUUCUGUGGCCCCCCCACGACCCAAAAGUCAAACACCUCCUUCAGCUCCAUCACCAACACCAGUAGGCACAGGUGUUAUUGGCCGAGUUGGAGACCUGCCUCCACCGCCCCCUUCGCUCUGUUAUGACUUUCCGCCCCCUCCUCCUCCUCCACUGGAUGAUGAUUUGCCAGCCCCUCCCCCUGAAUGCUCCACCAUUCCCACUGCCUCUGAUGCUCCCCCUCCCGCGUUCCCCGCUCCACCUCCAGUGGCAGAUGACCUGCCCCUCCCAGCUCCCCCAGAGGAGAGCCGCUGUCCACCCACCUGUCCCUCUCCCCCUCCUCCCCCUCCUCCUCCACCUCUCCCUGCCUCCAGUACCAAUGCUUUCAGUUCUUCGGGGACCCCACAGAGAUUUACGGAGAAGCAGACAAGUUUUGAUAAACAGCUCAACUCUCUGACUGGCAUGUUGUCUGAGAUGGAGACCAAGGGACCUUUCAACCCCAAGAUACCGAGCCAGUAUUCAUCAGCACCAGCACCCAAGGUCUCAGCUCCUCCAACCGCUCCCAAACCAGCCCUUUCCUUCCUCCCACCUCCCGAGAUGGGCGAUCGCCCUCCUCCUGCGCCCUGGGCAGAGGAACUCAAAGCCAGAACGAACCGACAGGGCAAUCACAACACUGCGCCAAACUCUGCCGCUCAGUCUUUCGCUAAAGCACCAGCCGUGGCUCCCAAGUCUGGAUUCGGAGGAAGAACGACGACAUCAUCAGCUUCUCUGGCGCAAAAAAUCAACCAGAACCUGAACCAGACGCCCACCACUGCCAGCAGUGCACCUAAGCCUUCCCCUCCCAUAGCUACUUGCUCUUUCCCUCCACCUCCUGCGGCUCCGCCUGCACCUCCUGCUCCACCAAAUAACAUGGCCACUGCACCGGCUGCUAAUCACGUAAAGAGUUCUCCCUUUGCCAGUCAGAUGAACGCAAACCAAAACACUCCUUCUGCUGUGCCACCUCCUCAACCCAAAACGAUGGCAUCUCCGCCCUCCUCCUUUAACCAGCCAAUGAAAACUACCCCUGCAUCGACGCCCUCACCCUCGGGCCCAGUUCCUAGUGCAGGUGGAGGUGUUCCUCUGAACAUGAAAGAAGUGGAGGAGCUGGAGAGGAUGACCAAGGACUUCAUUAGAAACAUGGAUGCGAACCCACCUCUCAUCACCUCCCCUCCUACAGAGGUUUGUGGAAAAUGUGGUGAGGCUCUCUCCCGUACUCAGCCAGCAGUGAGGGCCAUGGAUAAACUCUUCCACUCCACCUGCUUCUGUUGCAUGACCUGUCACCGCCCCCUGCAGGGCAUGCAGUUCUAUGACAGGGAUGGUUCACCACAGUGUGAGGACUGCUACGUGAGCUCCCUGGCUGUGUGUUCUCGAUGUGGGGAGAAGAUCACAGACCGUGUGUUGAAGGCAGUUGGACAGUGUUUCCACGCCCACUGUUUCCGCUGCAGCACCUGCUCUUGUGUACUUGAGGGGGCACCCUUUAUCACUGAUGACAAUAACAACCCCUACUGUGUCCAGGAUUACCACAGGCGUUUCUCCCCUAUGUGUGUGAGCUGUAAUGAACCCAUUAUUCCAGCCCCGGGCAGCGAGGAGACGGUCAGAGUGGUAGCUCUUGACAAGAACUUCCACCUCAAGUGUUACCGCUGUGAGGACUGUGCUCGCCCUCUCUCCAUAGAAGCAGAUGAAAAUGGCUGCUAUCCGCUGGAUGGCAAGAUCCUGUGUAUGAAGUGCCACACCCAACGAGCCAAGCAGGCCGCGCACUGAUUGGCUAAAGCAGCAUCACUCAGUGUAACAAUGAACCAAAUCCAAAAGCACAGGAUUCAUCCAGCUGCAGAUUUUUUGCCUUUGCGACAGGGCUUUGUUCAGUAUAUGUGCGCAGGUGUGUGGGUGAAUGUUCAGCGUGAAUAUGUAUGUUUGCAUGCAGAUAAAGUGUAGUAUUUCCUUCGUCUUUGUUCACUUUAUUCAGUGCAGAGGUAAUGUACUGCACCGAAAUUGGUUUUAUUCCACAUCUCCUAUUCUCCAAUCGCCCAUCUCGCCUUCUUUGUUACUAGAGCCUUUUUUUUUUUUGGGUGCCAAUUGUAUGUUUACGCUAAAAAUUACCAGCAGAACUUGCACAAGAACAGUUGGGUCAAAAGAACAGUCUGAUAAAUAUAAAGUUGCCUUUCUCUGUUUCUUGCCUAGAUGUUGGUAGUAGCAUCAUAAACUGGUUCCACUGGCUGUAUUUUUUCUCUUUGAGCAUUUUAACUAUGCUUUUUGUGCCUGAGACCGAGGAGUGUAAGAAACCUCCAAAUUGACAGUCAUGCAGAUGUCACCAUCCUUGUUGCCUGAGAGUAGAGUACAUCUUUUAGAUUUCGGUAGUUGUUACACAGCCAGGCAUGAUUAAUGACGCUUUCCUGCCUAGAAAGUACUUCAUAUCAGCUAGUCUACUCCUAAUAGCAUUUUAAAGUCGCAUAGGGCUUUAAGGCAACAGCAAAAAGAAAAAAUGGUGAAUAUUGCUUUGAGUUUUUGUGAUGUGAAUUUAAUGCUUUACAGGCAUGCAUUGAAUUAACUCUUGUUGCUCUCGCUACUCGAUGAUAUUGUAUAAGGGCAAGAUGAGAACAAAAAUCAACUUUUUUUUUCUCCUACAAAAUAGUUUAGAGCUGAUUGAACCAUGCUAAGUAUUUUUAGAUGCAUGCUUUGUGGAUGGCGAGAUUUCGUACAAACAAACGAGCACAGAUUUCCCAAGCACAGACUCCAUCCUGAGGAUCUCACAAUCAAAAACCGAGUUACUUUUAACUAUCAGCUGUAUGGCUGAAAACGGGACCUAUCAAGUAAUUUCACUGUGCAGGGGCCAUUUUAUUCAAAGUCAUACUGAGAACAUUUACACAUAUGUGUAAAUAAAAUUGCCCCUGCACAAGGUCAUUGUAAGCAAACGGCAAAUAGAAACAAAACACCAGUGUUUGAUGUGCAUUUAUUAUUAUCUCUUAGCUUAUAAGCUUUGUAUGAUAUAAAUCAUGGACCUGUUUUUCCUAAGUAUUAUGGUUGCAUACGCAGCAGUACUAAAAUAACCUGUCCUGACAGCAGGGUGAUAGAAAUGUAGAGGCAUUUCAGUUCUAGGUAGCAAUGUUUAAAAACGCAGACCAAAUCUUUCUGUUUAGAGCUUAAGAUCAAUAAAACGGUUACAUGGGAUUUGAUGUUGUAACAUUCAUGCGUGGUUUAUGUUUGUUUGUUUGACCCUAGUUUCUGGUCCGUUUCUCCCGUUACGGUGAUUACCACUAUUCUUGCCAUUACUUAACUUUUGUACGUUUAGCCUGUUCAUGUCGGUUAUAUACUAUUUUAUUCUUUUCUUGCUGUUCUGUAUUUUGCUAAUUAAAGCUUACAUUUAUUUGGUUUCAUUUUAACCUGGCGCCGUGCCUUCUCCAUUAUUGUAUCCUAUUGUUCCUUCUGAAUUGAGCCUGGUUUGCAGCCACAGAAAUGAAUUCCUCGGUAAGAAAAUUGCUGCUUGUGCUUGCAAUUGAGCCUGGUGCAGUAAAUCACCAGAAUGACUAACAAAACAUGGCAAUAGUGAUUCAGCAUUGCAUGCUAUCUGUGGAAGCAGUGGUGGAAUUUCCUCUAGUAUUAUGUCCUGUGUUUCCACCGACUACUCCACCUUUGUGGCCCUGCCUUUGUCAUCACCAUGUGAUAUAAACUCUACCAUAAUGCCUUCAUGGCUGCGUUCAUCAGGCAUUGCAUUGUGUUACAUCCUAUUGUAUUACAUGUGGAUGCCUUGUCCUUUCAUAUAACUUUUUAUACGUUUGAUAUGUGUGAAUGUCUUACAUUAUUCUAGUCCUAUCCAUCCUUUUUGGCUGUAUCAAAAAAUAAAGAGAAAUGUUAAAUCCA